UCUUCUUUUUUUUUUAAUUUUGAAUUUUAAAGAAUUGGCAUUUUUUAUAAAAUAUCUCUUUCUUUUGGAAUUAUAAACUUUAUCAUUUAUAUAAAAGAUGCAAUCUGCUACAAGAGCAUUCAGAGCGGCUUAUCGACAAGCACCUAUUGUGCGACAUAGCUUUCAAAGAUACAAUUCUACUGUGUCAUCAAGCCAACCCAAAGCAAAGUAUUCUAAAUGGAAGGCAUUCAAGACUACAGCCAAGGUGGGUGCAGUGGGCUUUGUUGGUUAUACUUUCUAUACCAUGUAUGUACAUCUUCAUCCUACCAUGAACCCUGUUCCCCAUGAUCCCAGCAAAAAGACCAUUGUUGUUCUCGGCAGUGGAUGGGGAUCUACAUCCUUCUUGAAAUCUAUCGACACUGACCUUUACAAUGUGAUCGUUGUAUCACCACGUAAUUACUUCUUAUUUACUCCUCUUUUGCCCAGCUGUACAGUCGGCACACUUGAUUUCCGUUCUCUGGUCGAACCUAUUCGAUUCAUCACUCGCCAUAAGCCUAAUGAGGUCAAAGUCUAUGAAGCUGAAUGUACUGACAUCAACGCAGAAAAGAAGGAAAUUACGAUUGUUGAUAAUUCCGAAAUAAAGGGUGAAAGUUCCGUCAGUACCAUUGGCUAUGACUACCUUGUUGUCGGUGUUGGUGCACAAAGUCAAACGUUCGGUAUCAAGGGUGUUGAGGAGCAUGGCUGCUUCCUGAAAGAAGUUUGGGACGCUCAAAAGAUCCGUAGCAAGCUCAUGGAUUGUAUUGAAACCGCUGCUUUCCCUGGUCAAUCUCCUGAGGAAAUAGAACGUCUGCUGCACAUGGUUGUCGUUGGUGGAGGCCCUACCGGUAUUGAAUACGCUGCCGAAUUACAUGAUUUCUUGGUAGACGAUUUGACAGCUUGGUACCCAGAACUUGUUGGCAAGAUCAAGAUCACGCUUGUCGAAGCCAUGCCAAACGUUCUUCCUGCCUUCUCAAAGCAGCUGAUUGAUUAUACUGAAUCAACGUUUAAGGAACAAAACAUUGAAAUUCACACCAAGACUAUGGUUAAAGAAGUCAAGGAAAAAGAAAUUGUCGUUCAACGACCUGAUGGCAAUGCGGACACAAUUCCCUAUGGUCUCCUCGUCUGGGCUACCGGUAACACCUCUCGCCCAUUGGUCAAAAAUUUGAUGGCCAAGUACCCCGAAGCUCAAAACGUUCGUCGUGGUUUGGUCGUUGACGACUGGCUUCGAAUGGCAGGCGCCAAGGAUAUUUAUGCACUCGGUGACUGUACUGCCACCAAAUACGCACCUACUGCUCAAGUCGCCUCUCAACAAGGAAAGUAUCUUGCCCGUGUCUUUGCUCAACUACAUGCCACAGAGCAGUACGAAGCCGAGCUUGAGGAAGCAACGACAGAAGAAGAAAAGGCAAAGAAACUACGCAAGUUACAAAAGGCUCAAGAUAUCAAGCCUUUCCACUACACUCAUCAAGGUUCUCUCUGUUACAUUGGAUCAGAUAAGGCUAUUGCUGAUCUUCCUUUGGGACCUGGUAACUUGGCCUCAGGUGGUGUUGCCACAUUCGCUUUUUGGCGUUCCGCUUAUCUCUCCAACAUCUUUUCUGCACGUAACCGAUGGCUGGUCAUUACCGAUUGGACUAAAAAAACUUUCUGGGGACGUGAUAUCUCCAGAGAAUAAGCUCAGUUUCUCUCUUUUUUUUAUUGCAUAGAUGUAAUUAUUUUAAAAAUAAUAAAUAAUUCAAAAAAAAAAUGGACUUAUGAUGACAGGC